GUGGAUUGAAAUUUCUAAAGCUCUCAGAGUUGUCAACAAAUCUCUGCGGAGCUGCAAAUCCACAUUAGCAUCGAACUGACCCAAUACAAACUUGCAUGCUGAAGAGCCGUCUCAUUUGUGCUCAAAUAAGCGCCGGUCAGUGCAAGCAGUGCGCUUGCUGGAAGUUUCUGGCUAUUUUCUCUCAUCUCUGACGCUUUAGCCUGUUAGCGUUACCUCCCACAGCCGCCCGGAUGCGGUGAAGCCCCGCAGCUUUAGCUUCAGCUCUGGCCUUCCGACGUGCACGAGCGGCUUCAAUCAUGUCAAGCACUCGGCAGCAGCAGCAGUCCGGCGGUGCAGCGGGGUCCGUCCCCGGAACGAGCUCUGGGGGAAUGAGCAGCAGCAGUGGCAGCGGAGCCGGUGGAGCGAACAGCGGGGGCAGCGGCGCUCAGAACGGUAACAGCUCGGGUAACGGGUUGUCCUCGCGGACUCUGGGCUCGGUAGCCGAGGGACAGAGUUCUCGACUGGCCUCGUCAAGCAGGAAAAGACCCCUGUACAACGGUCUGAUCAAUCCCUAUGAGGACAAGAGUAACGAUUUUGUAUGCCCUAUAUGUUUUGAGAUGAUAGAGGAAGCUCACAUGACAAAGUGUGGCCACAGUUUCUGUUAUAAAUGUAUACGACAGAGUUUGGAGGACAGCAACAGAUGCCCAAAAUGCAAUUAUAUCAUUGACAAUGUGGAUCAACUUUACCCCAACUUCUUGGUGAAUGAACUGAUCCUGAAACAAAAACAGAGAUCUGAAGAGAAGCGUCUGAAACGAGAUCAUCCUAAUGGAACCAAAUGGCAGGUUUUCCAAGACGUUCUUGGUGCAGAUCAAGAGAAUAUGGAUUUAGCCAAUGUCAACUACAUAUUAGAGUACCUGUUGCAAAAAAAGAAACAACUGGAGGCGGAAUCACAAGCUGCUCAGCGCCAGAUCUUAAUGGAAUUCCUGAAAGAAGCCAGAAGAAAUAAAAGAGAGCAACUGGAGCAGUUACAAAAAGAACUGAACUUUUUGGAAGAGGAUAUCAAACGAGUUGAGGAAAUGAGCGGUAUGUACUCACCAGUGAGUGACAUGGACCCCAAUUUAGAUAGUACUGUACCUCAGUUUGAAGCUCCCUCACCUGCACCCAGCAGUAGCAUAAUAGACCCCCCAGAAUACAUUCAGCCCCCUUUUGGUGGAAGCUCGCAGGGUAAGAGACAAACAUGGUACAACAGCACUCUGGCGUCGCGGCGGAAGAGACUGACGGCACACUUUGAGGAUCUAGAGCAGUGUUAUUUCUCCAAUAGGAUGUCUCGCAUAACGGAUGACAGCAGGACUGUUAACCAGCUGGAUGAUUUCAUGGAGUGUCUAUCAAAAUUUACCCGUUACAACUCUGUGAGGCCUCUGGCCACCCUCUCCUACGCUAGUGACCUCUAUAAUGGCUCCAGUAUUGUGUCCAGCAUUGAGUUUGACCGCGACUGUGAUUACUUUGCCAUUGCCGGUGUCACUAAGAAAAUUAAAGUGUUUGAAUACGGCACUGUGAUCCAGGAUGCUGUGGACAUUCAUUAUCCUGUCAACGAGAUGACAUGCAACUCCAAAAUUAGCUGUAUCAGCUGGAGUAGCUACCACAAAAAUCUGUUGGCGAGCAGUGACUAUGAGGGGACUGUCAUUCUUUGGGAUGGGUUCACGGGUCAGAGGUCAAAGGUCUACCAGGAGCAUGAAAAGCGGUGUUGGAGUGUCGAUUUCAACCUCAUGGAUCCCAAGCUCUUAGCAUCGGGAUCAGAUGACGCAAAAGUCAAGUUGUGGUCCACCAACCUGGACAAUUCAGUAGCCAGCAUUGAAGCGAAGGCCAAUGUAUGCUGUGUCAAGUUCAGUCCAUCCUCUCGAUAUCACCUUGCCUUUGGUUGUGCAGACCACUGUGUGCACUACUAUGACCUGAGAAACACUAAGCAGCCCAUCAUGGUUUUCAAAGGCCACAGGAAAGCAGUGUCCUACGCCAAGUUUGUCAAUGGAGAAGAAAUUGUGUCUGCCUCAACGGACAGCCAGCUGAAACUCUGGAAUGUGAACAAGCCUCAUUGUUUGCGCUCCUUCAAAGGCCACAUCAACGAGAAGAACUUUGUGGGUCUGGCAUCUAAUGGAGACUAUGUAGCAUGUGGAAGUGAAAACAACUCACUGUACUUGUACUACAAGGGGCUCUCUAAGACGCUGCUGACUUUCAAGUUUGACACUGUAAAGAGUGUGUUGGACAAGGACAAGAAGGAGGACGACACCAAUGAAUUUGUCAGUGCAGUGUGCUGGCGAGCUCUACCUGAUGGGGUAUGAUUCGGUCUUAUCUCACUUACAUUUACUCU